AGCAAAAGGGAGAGGAGAAGGGGAAGGCAAACAAAGAAUAUUUUUAACUUAGCUAACAAAUAAAAGUAAAAACAAAAGGAUGGGCAGGGAAGGUAUCAAAAAAAUUACUUAAUACAGAAAGCCCACAUGUUUAAUUUGACUCCAUUCUACAAGAAAUCCCUAUUUUACGCUGAGUCAGAAAUCAAACGUUGAAGCCAAUUAAGGCUCUGCAUUCAUCACACAGAGGAAAAGCUUUGGAGAGUCUGCAAAAUGGCGGUCAAAUCAAUGGCGAGGAAGAAAUCCAAGGUUGAAACUGAGAGCGAACGGGGGCACCAAAGCAGGAUAUGGCUUUAUCUCUUCUUCCUCACUCUGCAAUAUGGUGCACAGCCAUUACUUUCCAAACGCUUCACCGGGAAGGAAGUAAUUGUGACUUCUUCUGUGCUGGUGUGCGAAUGGGCAAAGGUUCUAUGUGCUUUAAUACUUAUGUUGCGUGAAGGCAGCUUGGGAAGACUUCGCAAAGAAUGGACUUUUAUAGGUUCAUUGACAGCUUCAGCCCUUCCAGCUGCAAUAUAUGCUUUGCAAAACAGUUUAUUGCAAGUUUCUUAUCGAAAUCUUGAUUCUCUCACUUUUACAAUGCUUAACCAGACAAAGUUGUUUUUCACUGCGCUGUUCAUGUACUUGAUCUUGGGGCAGAAGCAGACUCUUCAACAAGUUGGAGCCUUAAUGUUAUUGAUAAUUGCUGCCCUGCUUCUUAGCAUUGGAGAACACUCUGGUCAUGGUUCAAAAAUAGAUCGUGAACAAGCAUUUUUAAUGGGUAUUAUUCCUGUAAUAGUCGCAUCUGUGCUCUCAGGUGUAGCAUCAUCACUAUGCCAGUGGGCAUCACAGGUGAAGAAAAGAAGUUCAUAUUUAAUGACCAUAGAAAUGUCAGCUAUUGGAAGUCUAUGUUUGCUGGCAAGUACUUUGAAAUCACCUGAUGGGGAAGCCAUCAGGCAGCGGGGUUUUUUCUCUGGGUGGACUAUAUCAACUCUGAUCCCAAUUUUCACCAAUGCAGUUGGUGGAAUCUUAGUUGGACUCGUUACAACACAGGCUGGUGGUGUCCGAAAGGGAUUUGUUAUUGUAUCUGCUUUAAUGGUGACCGCUCUUCUCCAAUUCAUAUUUGAUGGCAUACCACCAUCUUCAUAUGUUCUGUUUGCUCUACCUUUGGUGGUCACCAGCAUAGUGGUAUAUCAGAAAUAUCAAUUUCAGGCUAAAGCAAAGACAUCAUGAGGUGAUUGUCUUCUAAAGGCUAGAUAAAUUUGGGACUUGAAUGCUCUCUGUGGUCAAAUUGAACAUGGAUGGCUUUGUAAUUCCCACGCAUAACCCAUGACAAUAUAUUUUUUUCAUUUGAGCAUGAAAGGUUAUGCAAUAUAUAUACAUGUGUUUGCCAGCUGUAAGAGAAUUGUUGAAAUGCUUCAAAGAAAUUAAGCUUAGAAAACUCUCUUGCAGACUGCAUUAUCAUCCCUUGUAAUUAAACUCCUCAGUUAUUGGGAGAACUAUUAGAGAGGAGAAAGGAUAUGAUAGUGUGUAAAGUUGUUUAGGGGUUGUUACAGAAAAUGCAGGGCAGGUUUGUGAAGCAUUUUCAUGAGGACAUUUGCAUGACUACCUAUUUUUAAAUAGAUACAUACUUACAGAUAUUAAUGCA